UAUGACAACAGACCGGUCAAAGACAAAGACAAGUGUCCCUCCACUACUCUGCCCCCAAAAUCCUCUCUCUCCGCUACCUCUCUGGCCAAGCCAUGACUGCGGCUUCCAAGAACCACCAACACCACCACCUCCCACCCUCCUCUUCCCGGCCACCCAGAAACCCUAACCUCAGUACCAUCACAACCACACUGACUAACCUCCAAAAUCCCAACCCUAAUUCUAAUUCCUCCACUACUCCUAAUACACCAAUCAUCCUCUCCCAACAAGACCAGGUUCUCUCACACUCCACCCACCUCACGCGCCAAGAACUCCUUAAGCGUCGUUCUUACAACCUCAAGCAGCUGUCCAAAUGUUACAGAGACCACUAUUGGGCUCUAAUGGAGGAGCUUAAGAUUCAGUACAGAGAUUACUAUUGGAAGUACGGUGUUAGCCCAUUCAAAGAAGACCAUCCCCUGCUACAACAACAAAAGCUAGAGCAAGGCUGCGCUGUAGAAAUUGGAGAGGUAGAAAGCGGUAGUGUUAAUAUUGAAGUUAUUGGUGAAAAUAAUAAUGUUAAUGGUAAUAAUGCUAUUUCUAAUUAUAUGGGCGAUUUGGAUUUGAAGAACAAUCAUCGGUGUCUGUUUGUGGGGUGUAAGCUAAAGGCCAUGGCUUUGAAUAGUUUUUGUCAUUUGCAUAUUCUCUCUGAUGCCAAGCAGAAGCUCUACAAGCCUUGCGGUUAUGUCAUCAAGAGUGCUCAGUCAGGACCUAUAACAUGUGGAAAGCCAAUAUUGAGAUCAACUGUUCCUUCUCUCUGCACUGUACACUUCCAAAAGGCUCAGAAGCAUGUAACUCGGGCUUUGAAGAAAGCUGGUCUUAAUGUUUCCUCAUCAAGUAAACUUGCUCCUAAGUUCCAUGUGAUAGUAGCAGAAUAUGUGCGUCAAAUUCAAGCAAAAAGAAAAGCUGCAAAAAGGGAAAAUAGAAUCAAAGGUUUAGAUAAGGAAGUCACUGGUAACUAAGCCUGUUGGUCAUUCUGGACAUGAAUGAUGGAGCAUGCAUCAGUGUACAUUGUUGCAAGAACCAAAGGGUAUAUUUCUCCAGGUGAUGUCUUGUCGCAGUGUGAGAUGCUAAGCAACUAGAAACUAUUACAAGGGUCUAUGGUAUAUAUGUAUUUAUAUACUAAUUAUAUGAAAGCCGGGCGUAUGUAAUGUUAACUAGAUGCCUGCCACCUUGGAUAAGUCUACAACAUGUUUAGACUCAAGUCUAGUGCCACGUAUUUGAAUGCUGAGUUUUGGUAUUUGAACUUCCAAACCCAUCCAUAAAGAAUAGUACUGUUUCGCUUUUUGUAGAGAUCAAUAUUUUGAACGUCUGUAUUAAUUGUAAAAGCUUGUAUAGCUAUUCUGUUUAA